UAUUACAAUUUAAAUUACUUAGCAAAAAAAAAAAAACUAUUGCAACAUUACCAAUUUCUGCGAGAAGGAAAAAAGAAGAAUUCUUGCACUUUCAUCAUCAUCAUCAUAACUGUCCGGCCAUGCUGAGAUCAACAUUCACUCCCAUUUUUACCACCUUCCCAGCCAAACCCAUUUUCCCAAAGCUUUCCUUAAGCACCUGCAAUGCAAUUGCUCAAACCCCCCCACCACCUGUUCGACAAAAUGCCUCAACCAAAACAACAACAUCUAAAACACCUCACCCUCCUGCUUCAGCUUACCUGCACCUCCCUUUCUGCCGCAAGCGUUGCCACUACUGUGACUUCCCAAUACUUGCUCUCGGCUCUUCUGCUCAGGUUGACAAUGACCCGCGAAUUGUUAACUACAUUGAUGUCCUUUCCCGCGAGAUUGUGGCUACUCAAGUGGAAAUGAGCCAAUGUGUUCCUCUUAAGACUGUUUUUUUCGGUGGUGGGACUCCUUCACUUGUGCCUCCGAAGCUUGUGUCUUCGGUUCUUGAGAUAUUGAGUUCGAAAUUCGGGUUGUGUGCUGAUGCAGAGAUAUCUAUGGAAAUGGACCCCGGGACGUUUGAUAGUAAGAAGUUGAAGGAGUUUAUUGACUUGGGUGUUAAUAGAGUGUCUUUAGGAGUUCAGGCAUUUCAACAAGAAUUGUUGAAAUCUUGUGGACGGGCGCAUGGUAUUGAUGAAGUUCAUGAGGCGAUUGAGAUUGUUGGAUCAUGCGGGGUUGGGAACUGGAGUAUGGACCUUAUAUCUUCGCUGCCACACCAGACACCGGAAAUGUGGGAAGAGAGUUUGCAGCUUACCAUUAAGGCGCAGCCUACCCAUGUGUCGGUUUAUGAUUUGCAAGUUGAACAAGACACCAAAUUUGGAGUAUUGUACACACCUGGGGAGUUCCCUCUACCUUCUGACAUACAGUCCGCCAAGUUUUAUAGAAUGGCUUCGAAAAUGCUUUUAGAUGCAGGUUACAAUCAUUAUGAGAUUAGUAGUUACAGCAAGAGCGGUUUUGAGUGCAAGCAUAACCUUACGUACUGGGAUAAUAAUAAAUCAUUUUAUGGAUUUGGUUUGGGUUCAGCUAGUUAUAUUGAUGGAGUAAGAUUUUCAAGACCAAAGAAGUUGAAGGAAUAUAUGAGUUAUGUUCAAGAUUUGGAGGAUGGAACAACAGAAAGCUGUGAGGAUGGUGGCGUUGACUCCACUGAAGCACUGAUGGAUUUAGAGCUGGAGAGUGAGGAUGAUUACGUUGACUCCAAUGAAGCAGCCAUGGAUGUAGUAAUGCUCUCUUUAAGAACUUCAAAAGGCUUAAAUUUGAGGUCUUAUAGGGAAGCUUUUGGUGGCUCCCUUGUUAUCUCACUUUGUAAUGUUUAUAAACCAUACGCAGCAAGUGGACAUGUGGUCUAUAUGGAUCAGGACAGGAGGGAAAUUGUGGCAGAUGAAUUGGAAAAGGUACUACUUGAUGAGCAGAGAAUGGAAGAGGAGCUGGCAUAUAUCCGUCUAAGUGAUCCAGAUGGAUUUCUGCUGUCAAAUGAGUUGAUAUCGCUUGCAUUUGGGGCCAUAUCUUCAUAAGCUUGAAUGCAACUCGGACUUUGUAGAAUGAUGGUUACAUUCUAGCUAUUAUGCUCGACAUAAAGAGCAGCAAUAUAUAGACAUCUAUCAACUUCAUUUUGGCACAAUGUAAUGUCACUUCAGAUAAGCAAAAUUGAAGAUCGAU